AUGUAUCAAACAAGACAUGAAGUUAGAAAUAUUUCAAAUAGCAUUACCGGUAUCUAUAGGGUGCCGUAUCAUCUCCGCAAAUUGAAUGAAGAAGCGUACACACCUCAGGUUAUUUCAAUUGGCCCUUUUCACAUUCAAAUGUCAAUUGGCCCUUUUCACAAUCAAAUAUACAGCAACAGAUUGCAAACCAUGCAAGCUCUAAAAGAGGAAUAUUCCAAACGUUUCUGGCAACGGGUCACCGCCGAAAACGGGUUUGAUGGAGAAACAGCUUUACCUUCAACUGUAAAUGAACAGAGCAUGAAACAAAUUCGCGAGUUCUACGGAGAGGAUAUUGGGCUAAGUGAUGCUAGGUUGUCAAAACUUGUCUUGGUUGAUGCCUACUUCAUUUUGGAGCUUUUCCUAAUAUACCAUUCGAAUAUUUGGCCUAGUGAAGAUCCUAUGUUCAAGGAAUCAUUUCUACUCGAAACGGUGACCAAUGACUUGUUAUUACUUGAAAAUCAGCUUCCAUUCUUUUUUCUUGAAGAAGUGUUCCAAGAUGCAUUUCCCAGGUACUCAGGUGUCCUUACUGUACGUCAACUUACAUUUGAAUUCUUUAAGGACUUCAAUGUUCAAAACAUAAGCCAUGAGAACUCUGAUGUGAAAAUACAACACUUCACGGAUCUGCUUAGAACCUUUCUUCUACCACAAUCACUUUGGCCUUCAUCCACUCAGCUACCCCAAAGAGGCAAUAAAAAGGUUAAACUUUUGUACUCUGCGACACAGCUGCAACAGGCAGGAAUCAAGUUUAAGGUGAGUUCAAAAAAAUGUUUAGUUGGCUUGAAAUUUGAAAAUGGAGUGCUGGAAAUCCCAUGCUUAGAAUUUUAUGAUACAACGGAAGCUCUUAUUAGAAACAUUAUGGCAUUAGAGCAAACUCGUUACAUACGAAACGGAUAUGUUACCGAUUACUUUAUCAUGAUGGAUUUCCUUAUAAAUACUACCAAAGAUAUGGAUUUACUUUGUGAUAAUGGAAUUGUGGAUAAUUAUCUAGGCGAUAACAAUGCAGCAACAUUGAUUGUAAACAAUCUUCACAAAAAUAUCUUAUGGGUAGGUCUAGGCACUGAAUAUUGUAAACUCUGCGAAAGUUUGAAUGCAUUCUAUAAGGACCGUUGGCACAGAUGGAAGGCAAUACUAAAGCAAGAUUAUUUUAGCACUCCUUGUACAACUGCUUCUACCGUGGCUGUUGCUAUCCUUCUCGUUCUAACUAUCAUACAAACCGUGUGUUCUAUCCUCCAAGUAUUAUAGGUUUAAAGCUAUUGUAAUUUUAGAUGGUUUGAUUUCUUUCUGUCAAACUUAUCAUCUUUAGCUAUUAUUGUCAAAGUAAUUGAAUUUGGUAUUGUAAAAUACAUUAUUUUUGUGUUUCCACAUCCUUGUAAACUAGUCC